AUGAUUCCGUCACAGUCACCCAGACGAAAUGAAGAGGUGGAAUACGUGGUCGUGAAGAGGGAAGGUGCUAUUGAGGAUGGGCAGCAGAAAGAUAUCAAUGCGACGCCGACGCCAACUAUCGAUCAGAUAUUACCACAAUCUUACACGAGGGAGCAAGCCACUGCUGUAGAUUAUGGGGGCUAUGGAAACGAGGACAACGACAUUAGGACGACUUUCACGACUGCCACGCCAUCGUCCAAUUUCCCACCACCACUACUGAUCACAAUGACACUACCUCAAACACAAGCUACUAUGGGAGCUCUGGCGAACAAUGACCCCACGGAGACUGUUGUUGUGUCUCUGCAACCGCCUCCAGAGUCUCACCACGAUGGCAGUGGCAACGGACGCAUAUCACAGACGACAGAGCAUCUCCUCAUCGCUGCUGGAUCGAUUGGCGCGACUAUCAUCAUUGUGAUGAUCGUACUCGCGAUUUACACUAUGCGAAGGCGUGGAAUGUCGUUUUCGGACGUGAUCAGACAGGGCAAGAAUCAGGUCACACGCCGUGGCGGGCAGCAGACGGGUUCCAAGUACGAUUGGGACAACAAACAAACGCUCGGGGAGAGGUACUCUCUAAGGAAUGACGCUAUUUACCCGCCACCACCAGCUGCCGUAAGCUCUCGACCUGGUUCCCUCUCGUCGCAGACUCGUGUGCAACCUCUUGCUCGCAGUGAUAGUUUCCGCAAUGGAUCUUCAGACCUGACGCAGCAAACCUUCUUACUCGAAGACCCACCAUCGCGAACGAAUUCUCGUAAGCGAAACAACAGUACAACGCCGUCAUCGCCUGUUCUCGGAAUGCAGGGUCAACGAGAUAGCGACUCAACGCACAACACUAGGUCCAUGGAAGACGACGGCGAGUACAUACAACAGCAGCAGGGGGGAUCUCGACUACCUGCACCUCCAACCUUUAAGCAAUUCAUGUCGAAUCGUCCGUCCAUCUCUCAACGACCGGGUCUCGGCGGCAUGGCUAGUAGGUUCAGCUGGACCAACUCCCAAGCACCACAAACGCCUCAUGACCCCAGUCGCGACACGAUGAAUCAACCUUUGGGACGUGAAAGCUUCAUGACGAACCGAUCAUCAGUACCUCGUUUUCGCACCAUCAAUUCAUGGGUCAAUCAGCAAUCAAACCGUAUCGAAGAGCAGAAGCUGAAAGAGCAGUACCGGAUGACGCAAUCAUCCGCCUACUCAGAAGACACGCAUGGCGACGCAGUCCCUGAGAUGCCUCCUGUUCCCAAGACCUACAAACAGACUGGUGGACUCGCAGGCAAGGACAUCAAGCACCAACGCCACGCUACCAAUACAUCAGUUGCCACGGCACCCGUUUUCCAGCAGCACCCGGGCACUGAAGUACGCUUCAGCACACGAAGCACGGUACCUUCUGAGAUCCUGGAUAUGGGCCGGAAGAAUUCAGUGCUGCGAUGA